AAUAACAUAUUUAAUGAGUUUAGGCUCACUCAAGCGCACUUUGGGUCCAUCGGCCCCGGCACGUACCCAGGGCACACCGGCCGGAGAACCAAAACCCGCCCAUUUCGACCCAAGGCGAGCGCGGACCGCCCUCCCACUUGACCAGCAAGUCAUUACUAUAUGUACGGAGGGUCUGAGAGCGUGGGAGACUCAGGGGAGAACAGUUUGACGUCGGGGACUCCCUCCAUCCACCCCCAAGACCCCCCGCACGGGGAGGCCCGUACGGCAGUGGUCGGACUGUCGGACUGUGGAUUCAACACGCUGGCAAGGUUGUGCAAGUUGCGGGCAAGCCGCACAUAAGGUUAAAUUUACAGUCGGAGUGUCAGACCAAUCGUAAUUGAGGAAACCGUGAGCGCAAGUUUUGGACGGUGGUUUAACGGCGGGUGAGACCGGGUUGCUGCUGGGUUGUGCCGCAGGUAAGGUGAAAAGUGGCAGGGUGCUGCGUGGCGCGAUGAGCAUGUGUAGAAGGUGUACGGGGUCACUAGGGGUCACUAGGGGUCACUGCACAUUGUCAUUGGGUGUGUGGCGGCCACGCGAGCAUGUACUGCAUGCAGCGGAGGCCAGCCGAAGAAGGAAAUGCGGCGAGGAUGUGAAUCUGUAAUCCGGUCGGGCA